CUAGCAAGGUAUCCCGUGUCAAGGAGGGCAGGCGCUUUGUUUUUCCCAGCGAAAAAAUGUGGUGGAAAAAUUAAAUCAUACGAGUAAAAAAAUUAAAUUUUUUUCAUACUAGGACGCCAUGCCACAUCUAUAUGUUAGAUCGAGGCCCUGGAAACCAUUCAAACGACGUAUUUCUGCGCUCUUAUAAGGUUUCGGUACUUCUCCGGAGCGGCUGAGAUUGGAAGGCGGAAGGGAAUUCGCAGGGAACACUGGAAAACUUAUUAGGAUGGAUCUUCACAAGAUGGAAGAAAUACUGUGGAAUUUUCUUACACCUCUCUCCGAAUUCGGUUUAUUUUAAGCUGUCAUUACGAAGUAAAUAACAAUAGAUUAGAAACAUUUGUGUAAAUAGCUGUAUGGCAUAUGAUAUUACUAGUCUCAAAACUAUUGAAUAGUGUUGAGAUUCAAAAUGGCGGAUGGAUGGCCCACCCCCCUGGCGCUGUUGUUGAUGGUUCUGGGUGCCGUGGGUCAGGACUCUUGCCCGUAUCCAUGCUCCUGUACAGUACAAUCGGAUUCUGGGAUGCUCAUGGACUGCAGCAAGAAAAGGUUGUCGGCUGUGCCGUUUGGUCCGCCUGCCGGAAUAACUCACCUCAAUAUGAACUACAAUGACUUGACUGCUAUUCCAUUCCUAGAAGAUGUGACAUCCAACAUCACUGUCCUUUCUCUGGUUCACAACCGGAUCUCUGAGCUCGUCACGGACCAGCUGCAGCCCUACUUCUCCCUGGAGUCCCUGGACUUGAGCUCCAAUUCAAUUUCCGAGAUCAAGGCUGGCGCCUUCCCACUGACGCAGCUGAAAUACCUGAACUUGAGCAAUAACAAAAUCAGUGUUUUGGAACCUGGAUGUUUUGAUAACAUCUCCAGCUCCCUGAUUGGCCUGAAGCUCAAUAGAAACCGCAUUACAUUCCUUCCUUAUAAAAUCUUCAAGCUCCCUCACCUGCAGUUCUUGGAAUUAAAGCGCAACAAGAUUAAAGUGGUGGACAGCCUGACCUUCAAGGGCCUGGACUCCCUGAGAUUUCUGAAAAUGCAGCGCAACGGCAUCACCAAGCUGAUGGACGGCGCCUUCUUUGGACUCAACAACAUGGAGGAGCUGGAGCUGGAGCACAACAACCUGACGGAGGUGAACAAGGGCUGGCUGUAUGGGCUGCGCACGCUGCGUGUGCUGCGGGUCAGCCAGAACGCCAUCGCCUCCAUCCGCUCUGAUGCCUGGGAGUUCUGCCAGAAGCUGGAAGAGUUAGACCUGUCCUAUAACUUGCUGACCCGACUGGAGGAGACGGCGUUUGCUGGCCUGGGCCACCUGGACAGUCUUAACCUGGGCGAGAACGCCAUUUACCACCUGGGCGAGGGCGUCUUCGGCAGCCUCUCGAACCUUCGUGCGCUGGAUAUCCGGAAUAAUGAGAUCUCAUGGGCCAUUGAGGAUUCUGUCGGAGUUUUCAUGGGGAUGAAGAAGCUGAACAAGUUGGUACUGCAGCGGAACAAGAUCAAAUCCAUCACAAAGAAGGCCUUUGAUGGACUGGAGGCACUGGAGCACCUUGACUUGAGCAAGAACGGCAUCAUGUCAAUCCAUCCCGAAGCCUUUUCCCACAUCAAGCUGAAGGAGCUACUCCUGAACACGAGCAGCCUCCUGUGUGACUGCCACCUGCAGUGGCUGGCCCAGUGGCUGACAAAGCACGGCUUCCAGCAGUCGGUCACGGCCGUGUGCUCCCACCCCGCGGGCCUGCUGGACCGCAGCAUCCUGUCCCUCAUGCCGGAGCAGCUUGUCUGUGAUGACUUCCCGACGCCCCAGAUCACGGCCCACCCAGAGACCUCUGUGGCCCUGCGGGGCACCAAUGUGACGCUGAGCUGCCGUGCGAUCAGCAGCAGUGAGUCGCCCAUGAGCACGGCCUGGCGCAAGGAUGGCGAGGUUCUCUACGACGCCCAGGUGCAGAACUUCGCCCGGUACCAGGAUGGCGAGCUGGUCUACACCACUGUGCUGCACCUGCUCAAUGUCAACUUCACCGACGAGGGCCGCUACCAGUGCGUGGUCACCAACCACUUUGGCUCCAACUACUCCAACCGGGCCAAGCUGACCGUCAAUGAGCUGCCCUCGUUCCUGAAGACCCCGAUGGACCUGACCAUCCGCACGGGAGCCAUGGCACGGCUGGAGUGCGCCGCUGAGGGCCACCCGUCGCCGCAGAUCGCCUGGCAGAAGGACGGCGGCACGGACUUCCCCGCCGCGCGCGAACGCCGCAUGCACGUCAUGCCCGAUGAUGACAUCUUCUUCAUCGCCAACGUCAAGACGGAGGACAUGGGCGUGUACAGCUGCACGGCGCAGAACGCCGCCGGCAGCCUGUCCACCAACGCCACGCUGACGGUGCUGGAAACGCCCUCGUUCGCGCGACCACUGGAGGACCGGACGGUGGCGAGGGGGGAGACAGCGGUGCUACAGUGCAUCGCGGGGGGCAGCCCGGCCCCCCGCCUUAAUUGGACCAAAGACGACGGGCCGCUGGUGCUGACGGAGCGCCACUUCUUCGCGGCGGCCAACCAGCUGCUGAUCAUCGUGGACACGGGUCCCGCCGACGCCGGCAAGUACACCUGCAUCAUGUCGAACACGCUGGGCACGGAGCGCGGCCACAUCUACCUGAGCGUCGCGCCAUCGGCCAGCUGCGAGACGGCCGCCGGUUACGACGAGGACGGCUGGACCAUGGUGGGCAUCGUCAUCAUGGUGGUGGUAUGCUGCGUGGUGGGCACCUCGCUACUCUGGGUCAUCGUCAUCUACCACAUGCGGAGGAAGAGCGAGGACUACAGCAUCACCAACACAGACGAGAUGAACCUGCCGCCGGAUAUACCCAGCUACCUGUCCUCUCAGGGGACGCUGUCCGAGCCGCAGGAGGGCUACAGCAACUCGGAGGCCGGCAGCCACCAGCAACUAAUGCCCCCCAUGUCCAACGGCUACGUCCACAAGGGCGCCGAAGGAGUCUGCUAUGGGGAUUCGGGCAGCGACGUGGAUGCAGAAGGCAGCCGGGUGGGCGGGCUCUUCGUCGGGCGUAGCAGCUUCCACCCCGGGGAGCCUCGCGAGGGCCUGGCUGGGCCCCCCACAGGAGGCACGGGCCCGCUGGUCAUCUGCUCGGACUGCUACGACAACGCCAACAUCUACUCCCGUACCCGAGAGUACUGCCCCUACGCCUACCUGGCCGACGACGACCCCCUGGAGCGAGGCCUCUCUGGCAUCGUGGCACAGCUGAGCAAGGAGCCCUACGGCGGACACGCACAGCACGAGGACACGGCCCUGGAGAGCCUCGUCAGUCAGCAGGACACCUCCGUGUUCCUGGCCAGCCACGACAAGAAGCUGAGCGCCCACAGCUCCCUGCAGCCCUACGCCGCCGAUGUCCCAGGAAGGCCGUUUUGGAAGCGAGGCAAGGACCUGUCCCAAGGGGCCCCCGGGACUGUCCCGCCCCCACAGUCCGUGACUGCCCACGAGGCUCCCCGGCUGAGAGGAUCCGGCGAGGGGAGCGAGGAAGGGCAGCUGGUGGCUGACGGCACGCCGGGCCCCCACUCUCAGCAGCCCUCCAGUGCCUCCUACAGGACUAACCCCCAGGAACCCUCUUCCCCCACAUAAGCUUCUCCUCUUCCUCUCCCCCUCAUUCUUUUAUACCCACUACCUCCAAAGAGACUUCCACUAUCUGCCAAAAAAAUGCAUUUGUGUAUGUUUACAUUCCAUCGACCUCCCCCGUCUGGUUUUUGUGGUUUUUCUUCUCUUUUUUCUUCUUCUUCUAUGGAAAGCAUUUCAUGCUGAUUUGGAAAUCCCUGGGCCAGCCCCCCCCCCCCCCCCUUCCACGCCCCUGCUGCUCUGACAGGGGCGCGGCUGUUGAAUGUACGUACUGCACACACUGGUGUGGAUGCAUUCGCUGCGGUACUGUGGAUGGCCUCUGGAGUCUCGCGUCUGAGUGAAGAACGUGGGAGAACCAGCGGUUCAGGUCCAUCCACUCUGCUCCAGCCGCCGCCCCCCCACCCCCCAGCCCCAGCUGCCUCGGAGAAUCCCAGGGGGCUCUGAGAGGACAGUCUGCAAGCCUGGAAUAAUCGAGCAGCCUCCAUAUGUGACAGCACUGCUUAGGACCGUGUGCCUCUCGCAUACGCUCUGACGCAUCCCAGCAGGCCGAGCGUUCCCAAACGCCCACCUGUUUUUGGUGUGUAUAUAUACGUUGUAUUAUUUACUAUGUUCUGUUUUUGUUUUCUGCUGCCUGUAAAUGUUAAACAUUUUUUUCUGUUUCUUUGGACCUCUAUAUAGCACAUUAAGUAAUGUAUGAUGUUUUUAUGAGAACUCUAACUAAAGAAAUGGUGUAUUGCACAUAUAAAAAAAAAAUCCAUAGCUGUCAUUGGUAAUUGGGUAUCUUGACGGAGGCAGAGGUUGUCAGUAUUGUUUAUCUGUGUGUGUGUGUGUGUGUGAGAGAGAGAGAGAGAGAGACUGGUUUUAGGUGUGUAUGAUGCAGAGAAGAGCAGCGUUUCCACCCACCACACAUUGUUUAAUUUGGGCUCUGUUCCCCGUUCAGUUCUUUCCUCUGCACCUGCCUGGUUUCUUACCACUUAUUCCACGCUUAGUGUGUGCAGACUGCACACCACUCUUUCAAGAUGUCAAGCACUGAAGCUGAUACUGACCACUUAAGGUUCUCUUCUGAGAAAUGCUGGUGAUUCAUGUGCAGGGGACACAUGCUUAAUCAUAUUAUUUAUGAAUCGCAAGCAUACUUAUGGUACCUGUUAUUUUUAUCAUGGCAAUUUCAACCAUUUAUCACUGUAUCUGGGGUAUUAGCAAAGUGAAAAAUUUGCACCAUUUAAGUGCAUUUGUUCAGAGUCCCUGGAGACAAGUCAUAUGGUGGUGAAACGACAUUCGCACCUUUUGUUCUACUAGCUGAUGCUGUAGAAAUAUGCUGCACACUGUUCCCGGUGAGCUCAAGCUGUUUCAGGCUGCAGAAGCUGGUUGAAAGUCACUCGCAUUCAGGUAUGGAGUAUAUAUGGUGCCUGCCUACACAUGACUGCUUCGCCAGCCUUAUGGAAACAGACCAUGGGCACUUUACAUUUAGUUUUCCUCUCCCGUGUCCCUGUUUUGCGCAGCUGACCUUUCAGUUGCAAAUGAAAUCUCCAUGUGAAAGUCUUUUUUUUAUUUUUUCUUCCUUAUAGACUCCACUCCUCUGUAGUGUCUCUGAGGUAUGCAGUUGUGCCUGAAGGUAAGUCUGUGAGCUAACAGAUCAUCGUAUUCAAAUUUGCACAAUUGCACCCCUCCCAAACUGUUUUUAGCCAACAGAAGACUAAAGUGACUUUUCCCUUACGCUUAACACGUUCCUGCGAGAAAAGAGUCGGUCCCUACUUGUUUGUCUUUGGGUGCCUAUUUCCCCAAAAUAAAUUUAUUCUAAGCUUUUACCUAGGUCUAAAGCAGUUAGUGUAACACACAAAUAUACUUUUCACAUUCUUCUCAUUUGCCGUCAGAAGACGGUUUGGAGAGAGCAGUGGGUAGUUUUUAAACAAUACAAAUUUAUGUGCUCAUUCAUCCGUACAUGCAUCCAAAGCUAUGCAUAUAAUGAAAUCCAAAACAGAACUCUCCAAAGGACGUGCUUUUGGGCUUAUUCAGCGAGGACUUGCCUGAUAACUCUUGGAUGUGCCUGUUUUCAAAGCUGCGCCAGUUUUGUUUGCAUUUAUACCAAAGUUCUGCAUUUUGCUUUUCCAUUUAUUUCAGUGCUGCCUGUUUUCCUGUAUUACAAAAUGCAGAUUCUCUUUCGAGUCAUUGUCGAAUACCUGUAUUAUAUGUAAAGCAUGUGUAAAGGACACUUUGUUUCUUGAAUUGUAGCCAUCAUUGAAACAAUAAAUAGAAAUAAGGAUGUU